AUGAAUCGCAACAGUGUCAGAUCUGGAGAUGAAUUGGGAUGCCCUUGCCUGGUUCUUAUUUAUACAUGGUCCAGAACAAGAAAAGAGAUGGAAGAUGAAGGGAUUGGAGAUGCUAAAGGUUCUGAUUCGCACCAGAAGAUGCCUCCUGAGUCGAAUACAACAACAACCAUUCAAGAUUUUGGUUUUAUUUCUCAAGUGAUCUUGUUUGGAGCAGAUUUUCAGCCUGUUAUGGACAGCAGUGCAGGGGUGUUAUUUGGACCGAUUAGGGGCAGAAAUAGAAGGGCUUUUGGACUGUAUAGGUGGCAAGAUAGCAACAGGUUGCAGCCUAUUUUUGUAGCAGGAAACAAGGUGAAAAGAGACAAGGCAAUAGCAUGA